AUGAAUCGUCUCAGUUUUGGAAUAAAAACAGAUCCUUCUGAGUUUAAUCGAAUUUUAUCACAACUACUAAACGGAUUAUCAAAGGUAGAAGCAUACUUUGAUGAUAUCAUUUGUCACGGUGAAACUCUCGAAGAGUGUAUGAAGAACCUUAUUGCAUGUUUGGAAUGUCUCAAGAAGAAUGAUCUACAUCUUAACAGAACAAAAUGUGUUUUCUUCAAGGAAAGUAUUAAUUACCUUGGACAUGUGGUGUCAUUCAAUAAGAUUCAAAAAUGUCCUAAAAAGGUUGAAGCAGUUACUCAGAUGCCUCACCCUCGAAAUGUUGAUGAGUUAAGACGCUUUCUUGGCUUAGUUACAUACUAUGCAAAAUUCAUUCCUGACUUCUCUUCAAAAACACAUCCGCUACGAUGUUUGCUUAGAAAAGCAGAACAAUUCUUUUGGUCAGCUGCUGCUGAAGCCUCAUUUCUGAAUCUGAAAUCUGAACUUUGUAGUGAUACAGUUCUUAUUCCUUUCGACCCAUCAAAACCAGUUAUUCUUACAACAGAUGCUAGCCCAACUGGAAUUGCUGCAAUACUCAGUCAUGAUAUCGAUGGUCAAGAAAGACCAAUUGCAUAUGCAUCCAGAGCAUUGACCCAGGCUGAAACCAAUUACAGCCAACUUGAUAGAGAAGCUCUAGCAAUCAUCUACGCAGUCACCCAUUUUUACAAUUACGUUUUUGGUAAAAGAUUCACUCUCGUCACCGAUAAUGAACCAUUGUCACAUAUCUUUCAUCCAGGACGUGCUCUGCCACGAAUGACAUCAUCUCGCUUAUUGCGUUAUUCUUCAUUCCUCAGUGGUCUUGACUAUACAGUCCGAUGCAAGAAAGGGAAAGACAAUGAAAACGUGGAUUGUUUGUCUCGAAGCCCAGUUCAAUCGUCAAUUUCAUCUGAACUAACAUUCGACAAAGAAAUAAACACAAUCAAUGCAGAAACCUUACUUCAAAUCUCCAGCACAGUGAUAACCGCAGAAACAAUCAAAGAAGAAACAGCAAAAGACCCUGAGCUUCAAGUUCUUUUGCAUGAACUGAAAAAUAGUCGCAAAGAUAGCCCUUACAUGAUCUCAGACAACAUACUUUUCCGAUCAGAUCGAGUCGUAAUUCCCAAAUGUCUUCAAAGUCAAAUUCUAAAUGAGCUCCAUGAAUCACACCUCGGAAUUACUAAAAUGAAACAGCUUGCUAGAAGAUAUGUAUAUUGGGAAGGUAUGGACAAAGACAUAGAAAGAUUAGUGAAAAGCUGUGAAGCUUGUGCUAAAGUUCGUCACAAUCCACCAAAAGCUCCGGUUCAUCCGUGGGAUCAGCCCGAUGAUAACUGGGAAAGAGUGCAUAUUGAUUAUGCCGGUCCAUUGGAUGGAAAUUAUUUCCUCAUGUGUGUAGAUGCUAAAUCAAAGUGGGCAGAAGUUCGCAUUCUUCGAAAUGCUCCUUCCUCAGCAACGACGAUGGCACUACUUGAAAACAUUUUCUCAGUCCAUGGGUACCCCUCGUUCUUAGUCUCGGACAAUGCCACUAUAUUCAAAAGUGAGGAAUUUAUCAACUACUGUAAAGAACGUGGGAUUUUCCAAAAAUUUACUGCUCCUAACCAUCCUGCAACAAAUGGCCUGGCAGAACGAAACAUACAAACCUUAAAGAGAAGACUUAUUGCUGCUGCCGAUGAUCCAACCCCAAUUACCACAAAGCUACAAAACAUUAUGUUCAGAUAUCGAGCAACACCUUUGGCAUCAGGCAAGACUCCAGCAGAGUUGUAUUUGAACAGGAAGAUUCGGAUUAGACUUGACACACUUCUCCCUAACCCAAAGGCAAAGCUUCCAUCAAAAUCGAUUGCUCCUCUUCGCGUCCGCUCUCUUAAAGUGGGGGAGAGGGUUCAGGCAAGAGUUCACCUGGGAAAUAAAGACAUAUGGCAGUUUGGUACAGUCAAGAGAAAAUUAGGUCAAUACCAUUACAUUGUUGAAUUGGAUUCUGGACGAAAUUUAAAACGACACAUAAAUCAAUUGAUUUUGGCUCUUGUAUCCAAGAAGAAAGUUACCUUUACAACACAAAACAAACAAGAUAGUUCUGUUGUUCCAAGAAGGAUUCCUAUUAUAGACUGUCAAGCACCACCACAAGAGAUCCAUCCAGAGUCUGAAUCAAAUACAAACAAUCCAACAGAACUAGACGGUACUCUAAGGGAAGAAAAUCUAGACAGACCUCAAGCCACAGAACAAAAAGAAAACAAAUUAACUCAUCCUUCCAGACAGCGCAAGGUUCCGUCCUAUCUUAAGGACUUUGCUCUCCAGCGAUUAAGUGGGGGAGAAUGUUAUGAACAUAUGUAG